GGCGGCGGGGCCGGCGUAGCUCCGGCCGCCAGGGCUUGGGGAAGCGUGGGUCCCGGGAUGGCGGGGACCCCAUCCGGCGGUGCUGCCCGUUUUUCUUGUCCCCCCAACUUUACCGCGACGCCCCCAGCCUCAGAGCCCACGCGUUUCUCCUUGGAGGCGUUGACCGGCCCAGAUACGGAGCUAUGGCUCAUCCAGGCCCCUGUAGACUUCGCCCCAGACUGCCUCAACGGGCGGCUCGUGCCUCUUUCUGGCUCCCAGCUGGUGAAGGGCAAGUUGGCAGGCAAGCGGCACCGCUACCGGGUCCUGAGCAGCAGCGGCCCCCAGGCUGGAGAAGCGACCCUACUGGCCCCCUCAGCGGAGGCAGGAGGGGGGCUCACCUGUGCCCCAGCCCUGCAGGGCAGGCUAAGCAUCUUUGAGGGUCCCCAAGAAUCCCUUUCAGGGACCCCCCUGCAGCCCAUUCCAGCAAGCCCCCCACCACAGAUCCCCCCUGGCCUGAGGCCUCGGUUCUGUGCCUUUGGAGGCAGCCGGCCAGUCACAGGGCCGGGGUCAGCCUUGGCACUGAGGUCACCGGCCUCGGGGAAGAGGAAAAAGAAGAGGCAUAGGCCAGAGGCCUCCAUUCCUCAGGAGGAAGUGAAUGGGCAUGGGGCACUGGAGGUGGACACAGCUUUGGGGACCCUGGAGACAGAUGUGGGGAAGAAGAAGAAAAAAACGCAGCAGCUGACAGAACUGGAGGUGAUGGAGCCCGUGGCAACAGAGCCCGCCACUGAGAUGUCGGCACCUCUGGGAGUGCUGCUCCCAUCCACCAUCAAGAAGAAGAAAAAGAAGCUCAAAGAGGCAGAAAUGGUGGAGCCAGAAGACAAGACAGGGGAACUGGAACUCAUGGUUAAAACUGAGCCUCUGGAAGAGACAGUCCUCUCCCCCACCAAGAAGAGGAAGAGGGGGAAAGGGACAGAAGGGAUGGAGCCAGUGGAGGGGGUGACAGUUGACUCUCACCUGCAGGUGAAGAUGGAGCCACAGGAGGAAGCUAUCCCACUGCCGUCCUCGAAGAAAAAGAAGAAAGAAAAGGGGUACACAGAGAUGAUGGAGCCAGGGGCUGAGGCUCUAGAGCCCGAGAUGAUGGAGCCUGAACCGCCACGUGAAGUUGAGCCUCAGGCCGAGGCAGCUCUGGCAUUCACCAAAAAGAAGAGGAAAAAAGAAAAAUGGCAAAACGUGAUGACGGAGCCAGGGACAGAGAUGACAGAGCCACAGGAAGAGGUGAUGGAGCCACAGGAAGAGGUGAUGGAGCCCGAGCUGCCAGGCGGCGUUGAGCCUCAGGCAGCUCUAGCAUCUACCAAGAAGAAAAAGAAGAAGAAAGAAAGAGGGCACAGAGCGACAGAGCCAGGGGCUGAGAUGAUGGACCCGCAAGGUGAGAUGAUAGAGCUUGAGCUGCCAGAUGAGGGUGAGCCUGAGGCCAGGGCAGAUCCGACAGCCACCAAGAAGAGGAAGAAGCGGGGCCAGGAAAGCGGGGGGCCAGAGACGGCAUCCCAGGAGAUGUCAGAGCCCUCUCUGAAUCCGGAGUCUGGGGAGGGGGCUCCCACAGGACGGGAGAAGAAGAGGAAGAAGCAUCUGCCGCAGGAUCCUGUGUCCUCUCCUCCAGGGAAUCUGACGGCUGCAACUAUGAAGAGCUGAAGGUGGCCACCUGGGCCAU